GGCUGCGAGCUUAAAGCAGAUAAGGAGUAUCAGUUCAAAGUAGAUGAUGAAGAAAACGAACAUCAGUUGUCUUUGAGAACGGUUACUUUGGGGGCUGGAGCCAAAGACGAAUUACAUGUCGUAGAAGCAGAGGCAUUGGACUAUGAAGGCAACCCUAUUAAAGUAGUACUGGCGUCUCUGAAAAUGUCAGUGCAGCCUACGGUUUCAUUAGGUGGCUUUGAGAUCACGCCACCAGUGGUUUUGAGGUUGAAAUGCGGUUCAGGGCCUGUCUAUGUCAGUGGCCAACAUCUCGUAGCAUUAGAGGAAGAACCAGAGUCAGACGAUGAGGAAGAUGAUACAAAAAUUGUGAACACUUCAACAAAGCGACCAGCAACCGGAGGAGGAGCUAAAACACCACAGAAAAAAGCAAAAUUAUCAGAAGAUGAUGAGGAGGAUGAUGAAGAUGAUGAUGAUGAGGAGGAUGAUGAUGAUGAGGAUGACUUAGAUGAUGAUGAGGAAGAAAUAAAGACACCAAUGAAGAAACCUGUCCGUGAGCCUUCGGGAAAAAAUAUGCAGAAAGCAAAGCAAAAUGGAAAAGACUCUAAGCCGUCCACACCAGCACCUAAAUCAAAAACUCCAGAUUCCAAGAAGGAUAAAUCUCUAACUCCAAAAACACCAAAAGUCCCUCUGUCAUUAGAGGAGAUUAAAGCAAAAAUGCAAGCGUCCAUAGAUAAGGGUUCUUCCCUUCCUAAGCUGGAACCCAAAUUUGCCAACUAUGUUAAGAAUUGCUUCAGGACGGAGGACCAGAAGGUCAUUCAAGCUCUCUGGCAGUGGAGACAGACUCUGUAAGAAAAGAAAACAGUUUAAACAGUUCAUUAAAAUCUUCAGUCUUAUUUCUGUAACCAUUAUUUGGCUGUCCUUUUUACAAAUGCUGAAAGAGCUUUCCCUAUUUCCCCUACCGUGUCUGAUAAAUGUCAUCCAGAAUACUUUGCCAAGAAUGUGUUGUCCAAAAUGCCUGUUUAGUUUUUAAAGAUGGGACUCCACCCUCCGCUUCCUUUUAAGUAUGUAUGGAAUGUUUUGAUAAGGCAUGGUGGUGGUGGUGGUGGUCAGACAAAUGGAAAUGGUGGGGAGACUAAAUGUAUGUGGAAAAAAAAUAAAAUUUAGUAUUUUAAUAAAGUA